AUGACAUUGGGACGUUGCCGGUUCGUGGCUUCACUGUCAACGGUUCAAGACCAGGCCAGGCCUGGCCAUCCUAUGGCUUUGUCACCCAGGGCACCGGCGUGGACGACCCCCGGGUGGUGUUUCCCCUGGCUGGCGAGCGACAUCCGUGCGUGUUUGCGUGUUCUCCGCCAGGAACGGAGCUUGUGGGACAUGAUUCGGGGAAAUUGGAUGGUCGUAACUUGGCGAGGAUGUGGUUUUCGAUGGAGCCACUUGGUGGCCUUUUGGGGACAUCCGGAUGUUGCCGACUGA